AUGCAGAAGAGGUCAUGGCACUUCAAAUGGUUAGGGAUAGGACUUCUGCUGUUAGCUACUUGUUGCCUGUCUCAAGACACAGAUGACUGGCAGUAUGAUGAAUGCAAACUCUCCAGAACUGGUCCACCCGCCACCAUUGUUGCCAUAGAUGAAGAGAGCCCCAAUGGAACACUUUUGGUUGAGAAUAUGCAAAUCCAAGGCCGAGUGGAAGACCCAGGCAGAACCAUCUCUCUCUCCCUCCGAGACAACUACAACCACUGGGUCAUACUGGACCCGGUCAGACAAAGGCUGUACCUCAACAGCACCGGCAGGGCCCUCGACCGAGACCCCCCGUCCUACAUCCAUUCCAUCGUUGUCCAGGUCCAGUGCACCAAUGAGCUGGUCGGGACCGUCAUUUUACACGAGGUGCGCAUUGUGGUGAGGGAUCGCAAUGACAACGCACCCCGAUUCCAGCAGCCUCGCUACUAUGUCGCCAUAAAUGAGUUGACCCCAGUUGGCACCACCAUCUUCUCCGGCUUCACUGGGAAUAAUGGAGCCCUGGACAUUGAUGACGGCCCUAACGGACAGAUUGAAUACAUCAUCCAGUACAACCCAACUGACCCGGCGGCCAACAGGACGUUUGACAUCCCUCUCACCCUCUCCGGCUCGGUGGUCCUGAGGGAGAGGCUCAACUACGAGGAAAUCACCCGCUACCUGGUUCUCAUCCAGGCCAAUGAUCGCGCCCCGUACCCCAACGAACGGCGCACUGCCACCACCACCCUGACUGUAGACGUGCUGGACGGGGAUGACCUGGGGCCUAUGUUCCUACCCUGCUUUCUGGUCGACAACACACGUGAUUGCAGCCCCCUCACCUACCGGGUCCACAUCCUGGAGCUCACUGACCCAAGCAAAGUGAACCCUGUCAACGUAACUCCCGUCAUUCAGGCCGUGGACCAGGACAGGAACAUCCAGCCUCCAUCACAGAGGCCAGGCAUCCUCUACUCCAUCCUCAUUGGAAAGCCUGAGACGUACGGCGACUUCUUCUCCCUGAACAGAACCACCGCCGAGCUGCAGCUCCUCAAACCGCUCAUCAGGGACCUGUACAAUAGAUUUGACUUGGUAAUCAAGGCAGAGCAGGACAACGGCCACCCCUUGCCUGCAUUUGCUAACCUCCACAUCGAGGUUCUGGAUGAGAACAACCAGUCACCAUUCUUCCUGGAGGCCACAUACCAGGGCUUCAUCACCGAGUCAGCACCAGUGGGUACCACAGUGUUCACCGACGCCAGCCUCACCACCCCUCUGGGGAUCAACGUUCUGGACAACGACAUUGAGGAGACGAAAGAUCCCAUGCUGCAGAUAUCCUUGGACAACUACAACACAAUCUUCACAGUGACACCUUCAGGGAUUACCCGCUACCUGACGCUGCUGAAGCCCGUGGACCAUGAAGAGCAGCACAGCUACACGUUCACAAUGGUGGCUUCUGAUGGAGUUCAGGAGAGUACUCCAGUGGCCAUUAAUAUCACAGUGAUCGAUGCCAAUGACAACACACCGACCUUUCCGAACACCUCCUACAGUGUCAAUGUUUACACAGAUAUGCAGCCUGGGGAAACAAUAUUACAGCUGACGGCUCUGGAUGCUGACGGGGGUCCCAAUGGGCUUGUGACCUACAAGAUCCUGGCGGGGGAUCAAGGACACUUCAUCAUCAAUAACCGCUCGGGAGUGAUCACCGUGGUGCCUGGCGUCUCCCUGGCCAUGGGACGUUCCUACACGCUGACCGUGAAGGCUGUGGAUAGUGGUCCGGGGUCCCAGAGGAGGAGCUCCAUCACCACCGUGUACAUUGAGGUGCUCCCCCCCAACAACCAGAGCUCCCCGCGCUUUCCCCGCUCUCUCUACAGCCUGGAGGUCAGCGAGGCCAUGAGGAUCGGAGCCACACUCCUCAGCCUGCAGGCAACGGACCGUGAAAGAGACGUCAUCACCUACAGCAUCCAGAACGGGGAUCCCCACCACCUCUUUGAGCUCUCGCAGAUGUUAGGGCUGUUGGUCCUGAGGAAACCACUGGACAGGGAGACAGAGGAUCACUACACCCUCGUUGUAACUGCCUCAGAUGGCCGUCCAGAAGGGACCUCCACGGCCACUGUGAAUAUUGUGGUCACUGAUGUCAACGAUAAUGACCCUGUCUUCGAUCCGCUCCUGCCCCAAAACCUAACUGUUAUAGAGGAGGAGGCCAACUGUUUUGUGGGCCAAGUAAAGGCCACAGAUCCAGACGCGGGGGUUAAUGGCCAGGUGUGCUACCGACUGGUCAAUCACGCCGACCUCUUCAGGAUCAACUCCAACGGCACCAUCUCCACCGCAGUGCCUUUGGAUCGAGAGGUCAAGGGUCAGUAUGACCUCAUCGUGGAGGCGGAGGAUGGAGCGGUGGAGGACCCCAGGAGGACCACACUGACUCUGUCGGUGACUGUGCUGGAUGUGGAUGAUAACAGUCCGGUGUUCUCACAACCAUCCUAUACCAUCAAUCUGCCGGAGAAUAGUCCUAAGAACACAGUCAUCCUGCAGUUUACCGCCAAAGACGCUGACCUGGACUCCAACAUCACCUUCCGUAUCCGGACACAGGAGGCCAGACAACGUUUUGCCGUCAACCCAGUGACUGGAGAGCUCUCUGUGCUGCAGACGCUAGACUUUGAGACCCUGGCAGCCUCGGACCAUAUCUACACCUUCGUGGUGGAAGCCCUGGACAAUGAAGAGAGCAUGCCCCCAGGCCUGGCCACUGUCACUGUAAAGAUAAUGGAUAUGAAUGACUACUCUCCAGUGUUCAGCCAGGUGGUGUACAGGGGCAUGGUAGCUCCCAACGCAGUCAAGGGGACCGUGGUCGCCACGGUACAGGCAGAGGACCUAGACCCUCCUGGCACCCCUGCCAGCCGUGUGCGUUACAGACUGGACCUGAAUGAGGAACCUUACAGUGGCAGCAUCUUUGACGUGGAUGAAGUCACAGGCAGCGUCAUCACACGAGUCAAUCUCAAUGAAGAGCCCAAUCUAGUGUUUAGCCUGGUGAUUGUUGCCUAUGACGACGGGGAGCCAAUGAAAGUCAACAAGACCCUGGUGGUUAUCACUGUCCUGCAACCCUCCAUCAUACCUGUUUUCACCCAGGAGGAAUACAGAUUUCCCCCUGUGAGUGAGAAGGCUAAGGUGGGGAAGCUGGUCGGUGUCAUAUUGGCUGCAGCUGUCAAUCAAACGAUUGUCUAUUCCAUAGCGGAGGGCAACGAGGGAGGUGUGUUCAGGCUCAACAACAACACCGGGGUGAUCUCAACAGCCAAGCCGCUGGAUUAUGAGGCCAACGGCAGCUACAGCCUCAGAGUGGAGGCUGACUCCAUGGGCUUGGCCGAGUCCAACCUCCGAGCGCCCUCCAAGACCAACACAGCGAGGGUGUUCAUUGAUGUUCUGGAUGAGAAUGAUCACUCUCCUGUCUUUACCAAACCCUUGUACCUGGGAGGAGUGGCCGAGGACGCCAAGACAUUCACUUCCGUACUACAAGUCCAGGCCCUGGACAAGGACACAGGGAAUUACAGCUCCAUGCAGUACAGCCUCGUUAUCCCCCCCACCACCAACGGCAAGGACGGCUUUGUCAUCGAGCCCUACACUGGUGUCAUCAAGACUGCCAUUAUGUACAGGAACAUGCGCCGGUCUUACUUCAAGUUCGAAGUGGUCGCCACUGACAAUUACGGCCAGGGGGGACUGAGCAACAAGGCAGAGGUGGUGGUAUCCGUGGUGAAUCUGCUGGAUAUGCAGGUGGUGGUGUCCAACGUUGCUCCUACGGUGGUGGAACAGAACAAGGACAAGCUCCUCGGGGUCCUGGAGCGCUAUGUGCAGGACCAGAUUCCAGGGGCCAAAGUGGUGGUGGAGUCCAUAGGACCGCGGCGGUUUGGCGACGGCUUCCAGCAAGAGGACUACUCCAAGUCAGACCUGAUGGUGUAUGCUGUUGACCCUCUGACCAACAGGGCCAUUUCACGCCAAGAGCUGUUCAAGUUUCUGGACGGGAAGCUGCUGGACAUCAACAAGGAGUUCCAGCCGUACCUGGGCCGAGGAGGGAGGAUCCUGGAGAUACGCUCCCCUGACGUGGUGACCAGCGUGAAGAAGGCCAUGCAGACCGUGGGCUACACAGAGGGGGCGCUGCUCGCCCUCGCCGUCAUCAUCAUCCUCUGCUGCAUCCCCGCCAUCCUCAUCGUCAUCAUCACCUACAGGCAAUUCAAAGAGAGACAGGUGGAGUGUGCUAAAACUGCCCGGAUACAAAUGACCCUCCCUACUGGCAAAUCAGUGGUUGCUGCCACCAACAACCUGUAUGAAGAGCUGGGGGACAACACCAUGCGCGGGUAUGGACAUCAUGAGCAACAGCAGUUGCUCAGGCCCUCUCUUCUGAGACCGGAGGAGCUCUCUAUUGAGUCUGGUAUCGAUCCUGGCCAGGACUAUUACACCCAGGAUUAUUAUAAUUGUGACCAUGGGUAUGAGCUGCCUCAGUAUGGCAGUCGCAGGAAGUUGAUAUCUCCGACAGGCCUGUAUGAUGAGUACGGAGAGGUGAUUGUGGAAGACGAUGGGAGCUACUACUAUUGCAGUCCACAGGAGUCAGAUGGAGAGGUGGCCAUGCGUGGUGGGAGGAGGCCAUCUAGGUGGGGCAGAGGACCACCCCGAAGCCCCCUGUGGCCCCCCCAACAGGUACUUGGAGAUCUGCAGUCCCCCCGUCCCAGGGCAGUGCAGGAACCACCACCAGCACUGCUGCUACUGCAGACUCCCUUCGCCCCACCACUCAGAAACUAAAGACAAUCAUGAAACUCUGCAAUUUCCUGGUGAGCCCCCCUCACUCCACCUAUGUGGAGUGAGGGGGCAUAUUCCCCUUGAAUUUCAGGAUAUGAGCCAGGAUAUUCCCCUUGAAUUUCAGGAUAUGAGCCAGGAUAUUCCCCUUG